AUGACAAGUGUGUUAAAAAAAUCUAGAGGAACAAAAGGCAAAUCUGAAUCCAUGCAAGAAGACCUGCCGGCGAGAUGGUGUGUCACCAGGCCCCACAAGGCCGAGGACGCCGCCAAGCUGAUCAAAUACAUCGAUGACAAUAUAAUUGGCAAAGGGAACUCUUUUUGUGGACCUUUUGGGAGGCGAAAAGUUAUAUACUGUGACUACAGUGGCUCAGGUCGAGCACUGCAAUGGAUAGAGGAGUACAUAGCGCGCGACGUGCUCCCGACGCACGCGACGCGCUGCACCGCACUCUCCCUUACUUCUGGACAAAGCGAGAUUUACCGGUCAGAAUCCAAGGAGAUUAUUCGCAACGUAGUGGGCGCUGGUCCUGAUGAUGUAGUGGUUCUUGGAGCCACUUUAAGCCGCUUCUUACGUGCGUUAAGACCGCAAAGAGUUGCUCUCUUUGUAUCUUCAAGGGAAACUGAACGCCAACUCUUACCCUGGAAAGAAUUAAAUGCUGAGAUAAUCAAAAUCCCAGAAACCAAAGAGGGGUUCAUUGAUUUGAAUAACUUGGAACUGAGAUUGCAAGAGAACACUGGAACUGGCAAACGUAUGAUAGGUUUCUUUCCAGCGGCAUCUAAAUUAACAGGUAUUUUGGCAGAUGAUGUAGCAACUACUUUGCUACUCCACCAGUAUGGUGCAUGGUCUUUUUGGGACUACACUCUAGUUGCUCCCACUUCAGCUAUAGAUAUGAACCCUAUUUUCCUUAGCAUGGAUGAGGCUAUGGUUAAAAAGGAUGCGAUUUUCUUUAACUGCGAGAAGUUCGUCGGUGGCAUUCAAGGCCCGUAUGUGACAGUAGUGAAGAGAGAUAUUUUUAAAAACACAUCUUUGUAUACGGAUGAUGUUGAGGUACUGGCAGAAAGAAUAGAGGAGUUUAAAUGCGCGGAAGCAGUGCGAGCUGCGAUCGUGAUGCAGUUGCGAGAUGCCGUUGGUCUUCAGAAUAUAGCUGAGAGACAAGACAAUAUUACUAGACAAGUUUUAUCCCAUAUCAAGAACAUACCUGAGUUGAUUCUGUUGGGAAGUGAAUCCCGGACUAUGAGAAGAUUACCGAUAUUUUCUCUGAUGGUGAAACACCCUCGUGGUACUUUCCUUCACCAUAACUUUGUGUGUACUGUACUUAACGAUGUGUUUGGUAUUCAAGCGAGAGGUGGACUGAAUAGUAAUUUAAGCUACGGUGCUGAUAUACUGGGUAUUGAUGAACAGCUUCUCAAGGAAUAUGAAAAAUUAUUGGAUGUUGAAGCGCAAAAAGAAAUAGCGAGAGUACGAAAAUUGAGUGUAGUUAAAUCACCUGACGUACCAAUACAUAAUGAGCAUUUGAGGCCUGGUUUCUGCAGAGUCUCACUUCCAUUCUUUAUGUCAGAAAAUGAAUUAGCAUUUGUUCUAGAAGCACUUAAAAUGGUCGCUACUGAGGGCUGGAAAAUUUUGCCACAGUAUGUUGUGAAUUCACAAACCGGCCAAUGGACGCAUCAUACAUGUUCAGUACUUAGAGAUAAGAAGUCACUAUACUCGUUGAGAUUCAAUGAUGGACAGAUAACUGCACAUGAACGGAGAAUAUCAGGUCCAGGAAUAUUUCCACAAACACACACAGAAUGUCUACAAACAGCUAGGAAUCUUUUCAGCAGAGCCAGGAAAUUGGCAAUGAAAUGCUCAACAGUGGAGCCUGAAUAUAGUUUUAAUCCAAAAAUCGAUUAUUUAAGAUGGUUUAUGCUGCCAAAAGAAGCUCAUGACUUAUUGUUAGGAAAAUCGGCUAAUGUCAAACAUAUUGUACCAUUUGAUCCUUCUGGAUAUACAGGCGCUAGAAAGAGUUUGAAUAUUUCAAGAUUUUCAAAUACUUCUUCUCCUAUACUAGGCUCAUCUCCAAGACACUUCAGUUUGUCGGCUAUAGACGAUUGUCAGAUGUUCAGACUUAAAGAAAAACAAAAGUUUUAUUCGAGAGAGUCAAGUUUGAAAGAAACCACCAAGGAGGAAGCUGUUAAAGUGACGCCCCAUCCAGUGCAAUUCGCAGUAGGAGAAUCAGUAUCUCCAUUACGAUUGGUUCCUAAAACUUCAAAACCGCUUAUGAGGUUAAGAUGCUAUUCCUUGGGUUCUGACAUACCACAAGUACAUUUAAGCGCUGAAACAAGAAUGAAUCUUGGACUUAAAGAAACAAGUCCAAACAAUAAUGCUAAAGUCAGUAGUUUUUGUAACUGUGGAAGUCAAACUGAUCUACCGUCUUUAGACGACGUCAUUGUGUCCCCUAGUAAGAAGUAUCCUUAUAGUGCUCAAAGUAGUACAUCGAUAUCCGAUUGUAGUCAAGUAGGACGUAUUUCCCCUACAGCAUCAAUAACAUCGCAUACAUCUGAAGAUCUGCAGGCGUACGUCAAAGAAAUGACUAAAGAAAUUGCUACAGAGAUAAAAUCUGAAAUACGUGGGGUGAUAUCUAAAGUUGAUGAUAUUUUAGAGAAUUCGGACUCAAUUGAACAAGCGAAUUUAAGCAUGACCUCCAUAUCUAGUCAAAGUGAUAAAAACUCCGUAUCAGUUAUAGACGUUGCAGAAUAUUUGAUGGGAAUGUCGAGGGAAAUGGCAUCCGAAGUUAAACAUGAAAUUAGAGAAAUGGUCAACAGAGUCGAUGAAAUGAUUUCUCCAGAAUUAACAUUGAAUUCUAGGAAAAGUCCACCUCAAACCGGUAGAAAGAGAAUAGGAUCUGGACCAGAGUUAGGGUUAGAUUUGAACAGACUUAAUUCUUCACAAUUAAGAAAAUGUCCAACGAGUCCUAUACUUCCAUCUCAAUCUCAAUUAGAUGAAGAAGAAAGACUUAGUAAAAGAUCUCCUCAAUCGCCUAAAUCAGCACAAUGCACGCCUUCUCACGAGGCAUCUGGACCGAACAGCAUUUCAUUUAAUUCAAGUGAAACAUCUACCCCCGAUACAAUAAUUCAAGUCGUAACGACAUCUCAAAAUUCUCCAGUGCUUCCUAAAUCUUCAAGUUCUAAUAAGUUAUCAGAUGAAGAAGUAAGCUGUACAGAUGUGAUCUGUAGACAUUGUUGUAUAAAAAAGGCUUGGUGCCAAAAUCCUUCAGUGAGUUCCCAAGACAGUGGAAUCAACAUGACGUUUACGGAAACCGACUCUUUAAUUGAUCUUGUAAAAUGGCGAACUUCUUCAGAUCCGACAAACAACAAAGUACGCAAGCUGCAAGGACGAUUGCGAAUGUGCCAAAAACAUGAAAAAAGUGAAGUGCCAGAUAUUAUAGAAGGCGUUCCCGUUUGUUCCGGAGAUAUCAAACAGGAUAAGACUUACACUGAGGCGGACUCGGGCAGAGUUGUCUUCCAAAUACCGGAUGAAGUUGAGCGACAGAGGAACCCUUCAUCAGCAUUAGAUUCGAAGAGAUCGAGCAGAUCGUCCAACGCAUCAUCGAGCUGUUCUGAUCGUAGCUCUCGAUCAAGCGGCUACGGGACAGACGGACAUAGAGCCUCUCAUGACGAACCCUACUUUGAUCGAAGUGAAUCAGAAUACCGUUUCAAAUCGGAUUGUUGCUGGGAGGAGACUGAGAGGGACGACAGUAGCGCGUGUAGCGACGCCUCCCUCACAGACUUCACCUUUGACGAUGAGGGCAAAUGGCAUUGUCCUCCCAAAGCUGUUUGGAAAGCUACUGUAGAGGCUAUACAUGAAUAUAACAUGGUCCGACCGGGCGACAAAGUGCUAGUGUGUCUGUCCGGCAGCCGCGACUCCAUAGCGCUGCUGCACACUAUGCACCAGUACCAGUUCUACGCCAGAUCUAAGGGGAUACAUUUUAGUAUUGGUGCUCUAUUCGUUCAAGAACCUCAGUCCGACGUGGACCCCCUCCACUUGAUGGCGUACUGCAGGACUCUUGGAGUAAAGUUCAUCUAUCAGGACAAACUCAACCGAGAAGAAAUGCAACAGCACGGGGGCGCGGGCGGGCGGCUGCAGCGCUGGGCGAGCCACGCGGUGCGGCGGCGCGCGUACGCGGCGGCGGCGGCGCACGGCUACGGCGUGGCGGCGCUGGCGCAGAGCCUGGACCGCGCCGCCGCCGCCUUCCUCGCCGGCGCGCUCUACGCCGGCGUGCUCGACACCGUCAAAGCGCAUUAUAGGGUCAAAGAGCACAACAUCCGUAUAAUAAGGCCGUUCAUCUACGUGCGCGAGCGCUCGCUGGAGACGUUCGGGUGGUCACGUGACCUCCCGCACUUCGCGCACUGCGCGUCGCCGGACACGCCGCCCGUCGACGACGCGGACGAGGGCGAUAGCGCUAAUUUGCUAAAUCGUUCGGAAUCUACGCCAUGCACCAGCUCUGCCACGGAUGACACGUUGACUCAGUCUAUAUCCGAGACUAUGUCUGAGCCUAUAGCGGCUGCACUAGACAUACUAACAAAUCAAGAGAGACUACAUCCCUUCAUAUACACCAGUCUGAAGAGCGCUUUACGACCGCUAAUAAGUGCCAGGUACAUUGAAAAAGAUGUUAAAGAGAGACACCGAAAGAAAUCAGUGAUUCAGAUGAAAAACGGAGCCCCCGUUUACGAUUCCGAAGAGGGCACAGAAGAGGAGCCAAUGCCA